GGGGUAUCUGCGGAGAUGUCCCUGGUCCUUCGCUUCUAUGUCCGUCCCUCUGGCCAUGAGAGUGCAGCCUCUGGACACACUCGGAGGAAGCUGCAAGAGAAGCUGCCGGAGCUGCAGAGUGUCAAGACAGAGCUGUGCUACAAUGUGAACUGGACAGCUAAAUCUCUCCCAAGCACUGAGGACAUGAAGAAGCUACAGUGGCUAUUUGGCUGCCCCUUACUGCUGGAUGAUGUCGCUCAGGAGUCCUGGCUUUGUCCUGGCCCCAGUGACCUGGUACUGGAGGUAGGGCCCAGGCUGAACUUCUCCACCCCAACAUCCACCAACAUCGUGUCGGUAUGCCAGGCUGCUGGACUGGGGGCAGUGGAUCGCGUGGAGACUACCCGGCGCUACUGGCUCUCGUUUGCCUGCCCCCCUUCGGCUAUGGUGAAGACUCUCGCUCUUGCUGCCCUGCAUGACCGGAUGACGGAGCAGUACUUCCCUCAUCCCGUCCAGAGCUUCUCCCCUGACAACACCCCAGCACCCCUCAAUGGCCCCAUCGACAUACUGGGUGAGGGCCGGUCUGCCCUGGAGAAGGCCAACAAGGAGCUAGGGCUGGCCCUAGACUCCUGGGACCUGGAUUUCUACACGAAGCGCUUCCGGGAGCUGCAGCGUAACCCCAGCACCGUGGAGGCUUUUGACUUGGCCCAGUCCAAUAGCGAGCACAGCCGACACUGGUUCUUCAAGGGCCGGCUCCAUGUGGAUGGGCAGGAGCUGGCUCACUCGUUGUUUGAGUCCAUCAUGAGCACCCAGGCAUCCUCCAACCCCAACAACGUUCUCAAGUUCUGUGACAACAGCAGUGCAAUCCAGGGAAAGGAAGUCAGGUUCCUGCGGCCCAAGGACCCUACACAGCCAAGCUGCUUCCAGGAACAGCAGGGGCUGAGGCACGUCGUCUUCACAGCAGAGACCCACAACUUCCCUACAGGAGUAGCCCCUUUCAGCGGUGCCACCACGGGGACUGGGGGCCGGAUCCGAGAUGUCCAGUGCACAGGCCGUGGGGCCCAUGUGGUGGCUGGCACUGCUGGCUAUUGCUUUGGAAACCUGCACAUCCCAGGUUACAGUCUGCCCUGGGAGGACCGGAGCUUUCCAUAUCCUGGGAACUUUGCCCAGCCGCUGGACGUUGCCAUUGAAGCCAGUAAUGGGGCUUCUGACUAUGGCAAUAAGUUUGGGGAACCAGUGCUGGCAGGCUUCUCCCGCUCCUUGGGCCUCCGGCUCCCUGACGGCCAGCGGCGUGAGUGGAUCAAGCCCAUCAUGUUUAGUGGAGGAAUCGGGGUCAUGGAAGCCAAGCACAUGAGCAAGGAGGCCCCAGAGCCAGGCAUGAAGGUUGUGAAGAUUGGGGGUCCUGUCUAUAGGAUUGGAGUUGGGGGUGGAGCUGCUUCGUCUGUGCAGGUGCAGGGAGACAAUGCCAGUGACCUGGACUUUGGUGCUGUGCAGCGGGGAGACCCAGAGAUGGAACAGAAGAUGAACCGUGUGAUCCGGGCUUGUGUGGAAGCCCCCAAUGGAAACCCCAUCUGCAGCCUCCAUGACCAGGGCGCUGGUGGCAAUGGCAAUGUCCUGAAGGAGCUGAGUGACCCAGCUGGAGCCAUCAUUUACACCAGCCGCUUCCAGCUUGGGGACCCGACCCUGAAUGCCCUGGAAAUCUGGGGGGCCGAGUAUCAGGAGUCAAAUGCACUCCUGCUGAGGCCCCCUCACCAGGACUUCCUGUGUCGGGUCAGUGCCCGGGAACGCUGCCCGGCCUGCUUCGUGGGCACCAUCACUGGAAAUAGGAAAAUAGUGCUGGUGGAUGAUCGGGAGUGUCCUGUGGGAAAAAGCGGCCAGGGGGACAUCCCCUCAACGCCCCCUCCGACCCCGGUGGACCUGGAGCUGGAGUGGGUGCUGGGCAAGAUGCCUCAGAAGGAGUUCUUCUUCCAGAGACAUCCCCCCGUGCUGCAGCCACUGACCUUGCCCCCGGGGUUGAGCGUGCGCCUGGCGCUGGAGCGGGUUUUGAGGCUGCCGGCUGUGGCUAGCAAGCGCUACCUCACCAACAAGGUGGACCGCUCCGUGGGCGGCCUGGUAGCCCAGCAGCAGUGUGUCGGGCCGCUGCACACUCCUUUGGCAGACGUAGCAGUUGUAGCACUUAGUCACCAGGAGCUGGUGGGGGCCGCCACGGCCUUGGGGGAGCAGCCAGUCAAGAGCCUGCUGGACCCCAAGGUCGCUGCUCGACUGGCCGUGGCAGAGGCCCUCACCAACUUGGUGUUUGCUCUAGUCACUGACCUCCGGGAUGUAAAGUGCAGUGGGAACUGGAUGUGGGCAGCCAAGCUCCCAGAGGAGGGUGCCGCUCUGGCCGACGCCUGUGAAGCUAUGGUGGCAGUGAUGGCUGCCCUGGGCGUGGCAGUGGACGGUGGCAAGGACUCCCUCAGCAUGGCUGCCCGCGUGGGCACUGAGACCGUGAGGGCUCCCGGAUCACUGGUCAUCUCAGCCUAUGCUGUGUGUCCAGACAUCACAGCCACUGUGACCCCAGACCUCAAGCAUCCUGGAGGGAGAGGUCAUCUGCUCUAUGUGCCUCUGAUCCCUGGCCACCACCGCCUGGGGGGCACGGCUCUGGCCCAGUGCUUCUCCCAGCUUGGGGAGCAGCCCCCCGACCUGGACCUUCCUGAGAACUUGGUGCGUGCCUUCAGCAUCACCCAAGGGCUGCUGAAAGGCUGCCUUCUCUGCUCAGGCCAUGAUGUCAGCGAUGGGGGUCUCAUCACCUGCCUACUAGAGAUGGCCUUUGCUGGGAAUUGUGGGAUAGAGGUGGACGUGCCUGCCCCUGGGGUCGAUGUGCUGCCUGUGCUGUUUGCUGAAGAGCCAGGCCUGGUACUGGAGGUGCAGGAGCCCAACCUGGCCCACGUGCUGAAGUGUUAUCAGGAGGCUGGCCUGCACUGCUUAGAGUUGGGCCACACGGGUGACGCUGGGCCCCACGCCAUGGUACGGGUGUCAGUGAACGGGGCUGUGGUUCUGGAGGAGCCUGUUGGGCAGCUGCGAGCCCUCUGGGAGGAGACGAGUUUCCAGCUGGACCGCUUGCAGGCAGAGCCGCUCUGUGUGGCACAGGAGGAACAGGGGCUGAGGGAGCGGACAGGGCCCAGCUACUGCUUGCCCCCCACCUUUCCCAAAGCUUCUGUGCCCCGGGAGCCUGGUGGUCCUGCCCCCCGAGUCGCCGUCUUGCGAGAGGAGGGUAGUAACGGAGACCGGGAGAUGGCCGAUGCCUUCCAUUUGGCCGGGUUUGAGGUGUGGGAUGUGACCAUGCAGGAUCUCUGCUCUGGGGCCAUCAAGCUGGACACCUUCCGGGGCGUGGCCUUCGUGGGUGGCUUUAGCUACGCAGACGUGUUGGGCUCUGCCAAAGGGUGGGCAGCGGCUGUGACCUUUCAUCCCAAGGCCGGGGCUGAGCUGAGGCGCUUCCGGAAGCGGCCAGACUCCUUCAGCCUGGGCGUCUGCAAUGGCUGUCAGUUGCUGGCCCUGCUGGGCUGGGUCGGGGGCGACCCCAACAAGGAGGCUGGGGAGAUGGGCCGUGACCCCUGGCCAGCCCAGCCGGGCCUCCUGCUGCGCCACAACCUGUCUGGGCGCUAUGAGUCUCGCUGGGCCAGCGUGCGUGUCGGGCCCGGGCCGGCCCUGAUGCUGCGAGGGAUGGAGGGCGCAGUGCUGCCCGUGUGGAGCUCCCACGGGGAAGGCUACAUGGCAUUUUCUUCCCCGGAACUCCAAGCCCAGAUCGAGGCCAGGGGCUUGGCUCCACUGCACUGGGCAGAUGAUGAUGGGAACCCCACGGAGCAAUACCCCCUGAACCCCAAUGGCUCCCCAGGGGGCGUGGCUGGCAUCUGUUCCCCUGAUGGCCGCCACCUGGCACUCAUGCCUCACCCUGAGCGGACUGUGAGACCCUGGCAGUGGGCAUGGCGGCCCCCUCCGUUUGACUCUCUGACCACCUCCCCCUGGCUCCAGCUCUUCAUCAAUGCCCGAAACUGGGCCCAGGAAGAAGGCUGCUGA